AUGAGCUGGAAUACAACUUGUAACUCCACGCUGGAGGAGCUGCGAAUCGGAUCCGAGGAGAAGAUCGCAGGAGACUUGACAUUCCACCAGCUGGCUCUGUUGAUUGGCGGCGUGUCCGCUGCCAUUGCAAUACUGCUCAGUUUUUAUCUUAUGUGGCGCCAUGCCAGCAACUACACCAAGCCGCGCGAACAGAAGCACAUAAUCAGGAUAUUGUUCAUGAUACCCGUUUAUGCCACAUCGGCCUUUCUCUGCAUCUGGUACUACUGGCACGCCGUCUACUUCCAGGUCAUGAGCGACUGCUAUGAGGCCUUCGCCAUCUCGUCCUUCUUCGCCCUCAUGUGCCACUACAUGGCCCCCGACCUGCACGAACAGAAGGAUUUCUUCCGUACCAUGAACCCCAUAAAGCCCUGGGUGUGGCCUGUGAACUGGUUCGCCAAGUGCUGCGGCGGCGAGCGCGGGCCCUGGCGCAUACCCAAAAGCGGCCUGACCUGGUUCAACAUCAUCUGGAUCGGCAUCUACCAUUAUUGUUUUAUCCGCGUCACCAUGACCAUCACGGCCGUCUUGACGCAGUACUUCGACCGGUACUGCGAGAGCUCCAACAGCCCCGUUUUUGCUCACAUAUGGGUGGUGGGCGUCGAGUCCGUAGCAGUAAGUAUCGCCAUGUACUGCGUCAUCCAGUUUUACGUGCAGCUCCGCGAGCCCCUGGCCGAGCACAGCCCCUUCCUCAAGGUUCUGGCCAUCAAACUUGUCAUCUUCCUCUCCUUCUGGCAAACGGUGGCCAUAUCCGUCGGCACGUCGACCCUCCACAUCAUUGAGGCCAAUUCCGUCAUGGCCUACCCUGAUAUCAAGGUGGGCUUACCCAGCCUGCUUCUCUGCGUGGAGAUGGCCCUCUUCGCCCUAUUACAUCAGUGGGCCUUCCCAUACCAGCCCUACAAGCCCGGCGCAAAACCCACAUUCUACCCUGUCGCCGAUGCCAGCCUCGGUGGUAGCCACCUUGAGAACGAGCACGAAACCCCGCGGGGUGUUUGGAAAGCCUUCGGCGAUGCGCUCAAUCUGUGGGACAUUGUCAAGGCAUUCGGCCGUGGCAUGCGCUGGCUUUUCGUAGGCGUUAAGAGCCGCCACCACGAUGCCAGCUACCAGCCCAAAGGCGGCCACAACUCGCUCGACACGAGCUAUCCCAUGAAGUCCUAUCCCAUGUCCGCCGGGCCCAAGAGUACCGAUCACCUGCCAAUUGCGACGGAAUUCCGCCGCAGCAAAUUCGGCAUGGGUUUGCCGCAAAAGAAGGACGACGAGCCCGUUGCUGGCGAUGAGAGCGCUGGUCUGAUUGAGAAUGCGCAAAGCUUCUCGGUGCCAACGAGUCCCCCGCGAAGCGAGGAGAGGGCUCCAAGCCCCUACCACAGACAGCCUAGUCCGUAUCACGAUCCGCACCGCGGCGAGUACUACGAAGGCCCCACAUCGUCAUCAUACGAGAACCACGCGCCGCCGCUAAGUCCUGCAUACCAGGCGUAUCAACCGUACUCAGAAGACGCCACCGACCGAGGGAGCUCGCCGUAUUUGCAGCAAGGCAGUUCGCAAAAAUGGAGCGAACCAUCGGGGAGUGCAAAGCAGGCGAACCACCGAACAUCAACGCAGCUGCGCGUAGGGAACGCACUGUGGGGUGAUCGGUCACCCCAGUACGACGGAAGGCAAUAA